AUGAAACAAGAACUAAUAAUGAAGCAAGGAUUAAUUGAAGAAACAAUAAGAUCAACUAGGGAUCCAUGUCUCCUACUUGCCACACUACUUUUGAACUCUAUAAACAAUCUUUUAAACAUGCUAAAGAAUCCAAGGCUGGUGCCUUUCUUUUUGUAUGAUAAUGCAUUUCGGCAUUUGGAAAAUAAUAAUUUUGAUGAGUUUUGGAGAGAACUAAAGACUGGAAUAAAAGACGCAAGGAGGGAAAUUAACGGGCUUUCGGCCGACGUUUCAAGUUGGCAAUGGGACAAUUUUGAUGCUUGGUUUAUGGAAAGAACUUCCAGGUUUGACGAGCUUCAGGCUUUCGACCAUAGUGUAUAUGGGUUGUUUUUAGGUGGAUUAGACGAAGCGCCAGAUGAUUGCCGCUAUGGGAGCCCUUAUCGUACCUGGCUAACGCAUCAUAGCUUAACUGACUGUGCCAGAAAAAGUACUUUAGGAUAUACUUUGGAGUAUUUGAAGAUGACAUUAGGAAAUAAGGUAAUAACAGCACAAAAGAAUUAUUCUAUUAUUGAUAUUCGGAGUAAUGUAGGUAAUACGGGUAGAAGAAGGCGGUUUUACGUAGUGAACCUAGACGAUGUUAUAAAGAGGCCUGACGAAACCAUGUCUGAUGUUCUUGACUCAAAAAAACUUUUGUGGAGAAAGCCUGGAUAUUAUCACUACAAGUUACAUGGGCUAUUUUGGUUCUUAGAUCUGGCCGCGAAUGGCUUUUGA